AUGCUUGCCCCCGGCUCUGCUCUGACGUUGGAACAGGGCUGGCAAACCACAGGGGCAACGGGAAGCCUCCAGAACCCGAAGAAAUUUAAUAACCAAGACUUCCACCGCCUGCGAGCCUUCUGUCUGAGCCAAGGACUACUUUUUGAGGAUACCACCUUCCCUGCUCAUGUCAGCUCCAUCGGUCCCAACCUGAUCCCAGAGGAUAAGCUGCGGCGAAUACAAUGGAAGAGGCCAAUUGAACUUCAGAGAAAUCCUUAUUUGAUCAAAGAUGGAGUUAGCAGAUUUGAUAUCAUGCAAGGAGAAAUAGGUGACUGCUGGAUGCUGGCUGCCCUGGGCUCCCUGACACUGCAGAAGCAAUUUUUGGAAAAUGUUUUACCAAAGGACCAAGGAUUCCAGGGUGAUUAUGCUGGGAUUUUUCAUUUUCGGUUCUGGCAAUAUGGAGACUGGGUGGAUGUAGUGAUAGAUGACCGACUGCCAUUUCUAAAUGGAAGAUACCUGUCUGUACAGCCUCGAACAUCGAAUGAAUUCUGGCCAUCCUUGCUGGAAAAAGCAUAUGCCAAGUUGCGGGGCUCCUACCAGAACUUGCAUGGAGGCUACCUUUCUGAUGCUUUAGUAGACCUCACAGGUGGAGUCCAAGUUCAGUUUUCAUUGAAGGAUCCCCCUCCUGAUCUGGAGGAGAUACUGAAAGCAGCUGACAAAUCCCAGUGUCUGAUGGGGUGUAGCACCUCAGGCCCGCUGAGGAGGAACAUAGAGCUGAGGAAUGGGAUUGUACAGGGUCAUGCCUACACCAUCACAGGAGCUGUGAAGAUACGCUACAAGAGUGGCUGGAAACAUAUCAUCAGGAUCUGGAAUCCGUGGGGCCAUGGGGAGUGGAAGGGGCCGUGGAGUGAUGACUCUCCUCAGUGGGACCAUGUUGAGCCUAAAUGCAGAGAAGCCCUCCUCAGAAUUAAGGAUGAUGGAGAAUUCUGGAUGUCCUGUGAAAACUUCCAGGAGCAGUUUUCCUGGCUGUAUAUAUGUAACAGAACCCCAACGUUUCUGGACUUUGGAGAUCAGAACAGCACAACGUGGUCCAUGGACAGGUACAUCGACCUGUGGAGUCCAGCCCUUGCUCCAGGCAGGAAGAACUAUUCCCCAGUGCCAGAUUAUGACCCAAAAACCUAUAACGUAGUCAUUUCACUCAUGCAAAAACAUGCUGAGGAUAGGCAGGAUGCAAAAAACCUGAAGAUUGGCUUUUUCAUCACCAUGGAGAACUCCGAAGUUCUGAAACAAAACUUUUCCCUGACUCGAGACGUGACCAACUGUCUUAUCUUGAGCCCAGGAACCUAUGCUGUCGUUCCCGCUACAACAGAGGACCAAGAAUUUGAAUUUCUCUUACGAAUUUUCAUGAAGAAUCAAGACUACAAUGGGAACUCAGACUCCUCACCCAGACCAUUGCUGCUGACGGGCUCAGCUAUUGAUGCCUCGCAGCUGCAACAACUCCUUAAUGAAGUGAUCCUGCAAGAUGAAAUGACCAGCCUGGGAGGAAGAUUCACCUUCGAUUCAUGCAGAGGCAUUUUAGCUCUGAUGGAUCUCAGUUCGAACGGACAACUCACGCUGCAGGAGUUCGGAAGCCUCUGGCGAAGUCUCACUAAGUACAUGGAUAUCUUCAGCAAGGAAGACAGAAAUCAUUCUGGAUUUCUUGAUAUGUCUGAACUGAAGAGCGCGAUACAGACAGCAGGUCUGGCCACUAAUGAGCAGCUCCUGCACCUGAUGGCCUUGCGGUAUGGCGAUGCUGCCGGGAGAAUUGGCUUCUCUGACUUUGUGUGCUGCAUGCUGCGCCUCGAAACCAUGACCC